AAUUUGUUUUCCUAAGGACUCCUCUGAAUAUCAUUGACAUCGUAGCUAUCUUACCCUAUUACAUUACGCUCCUGGUGGACACCACUUCGAUGGAGAAUGGAAAACCUGGAGGAGGAAGCAGUUACCUUGACAAGAAUCCUGUACAAAGGUGUUCGCCUUGCCCCUCCCCCUCAGUCCGGGAGCAGACACUCACUGUGGAGGUCGUAUUGUACAGCGAAUAAAAACCUUUCAGUAUUUUACCAAACCUCAGUCUUUUGGAGUAAUUGAAGGUGCUUCAAUUUUAUUCGCUGUACGUUUUAAAACAUGGAACAGGCCCUGAGACCAGAAAAAUUAGACCUCGAUCCGCAAAUGCCUGAUGCUGGAAACGCUUUCGAACUCUGGCUGGCCUGCUUCGAAGCGUAUCUAGAGGAGAUUAAAGCGACCGACUCCGUAGCAAAGCGCAGAGUUCUACUCUCCAGGGUCAGUCCACGGGUUUAUUCGCUGAUCAGAGACCAGCCGAACUACGACGGCGCGAUGAACGCACUCAAAAGACAAUACCUGCGGCUGAUAAACAGCGUCUAUGCUCGGCAUCACUUAGCAACACGGCAACAACGGUCCGGGGAAUCGAGUGCUGAGUUUGUCCGGGCCCUACAGACACUCGUGCGGGCCUGCAAUUGCCAGGAGCUGACGGCGGUGCAGCAUGCAGAACUCCUAGUGAGAGACACCUUCGUUAUGGGGACCAGGUCAGUGUACGUGCGCCAGUGGCCGCUGGAAAAAGCCGAUCUUACCCUAAGUUCGGCGAUUGAGCUGGCUGAUACGUUGGAGGCCGCUCUGCAUAACUCCGAGGCUCUCCAGGCACGCGAUCCCCCGAUGGCCUCGUGGGUGCCGCAGACCCCGCAACCUGCCGGUGAAUCGACCUCGGCUGCAGCCAGUCGUGAGUCCGGGAAGUGCUACUUCUGCGGACUGGAGAAGCACCCCCGGAAACGCUGCGCGGCCCGACAAGCUACCUGUUCCAGCUGCGGAAAGGGCCACUUCGCCAAGGUCUGUAAGUCAAAACCGCGAGCGGGAUCGAGCAGCGCCGCGUGCGAGACGUGGGGGUCGCCAUCUUCCCUGCACACUGCCACCACGUGCGAGACAUGGGGGCCGCCAUCUUCCCUGCCGCCAUCUUCCCUGCACGCCGCCACCACGUGCGAGACAUGGGGGUGGCCAUCUUGGUCGGCGCCACCUCCCACCGCCUACGACCAACGGGUGCUCAUGGGCCACCCCACCGCGCCGGACCAAGACAGCGACCCCACCCUGGCUUCCGUGACCCUCGACCAAAGCGCUCCCCACCAGCUCGCAAGGUCAAUGAUGGACAUCCUGGUAGAGGGGCACAGGACAAGCUCCCUGUUUGACACAGGCAGCACGGAGAGUUUUAUCCACCCGGCCACGGUGCAGCAUUGUGGACUCAUGAUACGGCCGGUAAGUCAGAGGGUCACCAUGGCCUCCGGGUCGCAUACAACAGACAUCCGGGGGGAUUGUGUAGCGAAGCUAGUGGUGCAGGGCACAGAAUAUCGGGACUUUACGUUACUGGUCUUGCCCCAACUGUGUGCCCCUGUGCUGUUGGGGUUGGACUUCCAGAGCCACCUGAAAAGCGUGACAAUGAAGUAUGAAGUAACACUAAGUAACACUAUGUUUCUAUGUUUCUAUGAUGGGCCCCUCCCACCAAUUACUGUCAUAAAUCCCCUGUUUUGUAGAGAUAUGUCACGUACCCCGCUACUGACCACACACACACACCGACCCGCACAUCCCACCCAACAUCAUGCCAACUGCCACACUACUGACACCACUUGCGGCCUCUCCACCCUCAGGAUCCCUCCCCCACCGCUGUUCGCCAACCUGACCCCCGACUGUAAACCCGUGGCAACUAAAAGCAGGAGGUACAGCGCGGGGGACAGAGCUUUCACUAAGUCGGAGGUGCAGCGGCUGCUCAGGGAGGGGGUCAUUGAGGCAAGCACAAGUCCUUGGAGGGCACAGGUGGUGGUUGUUCAGAACGGGGAGAAGAAUAGGAUGGUCGUGGACUAUAGCCAGAUCAUCAAUAGGUUCACGCAGCUCGACGCGUACCCUCUACCCUGCAUUGCAGAUAUGGUCAAUCAGAUAGCACAGUACAAGGUGUACUCGACCAUAGACCUAAAAUCCGCUUACCAUCAGCUCCCCAUCCGCCGGGAGGACCGCCCUUACACUGCCUUCGAGGCGGACGGCAGGCUUUAGCAAUUCCUGCGCAUCCCCUUUGGUAUCA